AUGCGGACCAAGGUCUUUUCUAUCAUCACGCCGAGCCCAGGUCGUGCUUUCACAGGUCACCUCACUGGUGGCUGCCAAAGAGGAACGUCAACAGACGACUCACACGACAUCACACGUUCGAACGCUAUGGCGGGUGAAAAGAAGGCUUUGAAUCGGCCGAAGAAGCGGACUCUGGUGCGCUGGGAUGACAACCUCAACGAACUGCUUCUUUUGACGGUCCAGUCCGUGUGCAAUGCACAGGGCGUCCGAAUCCCGUGGGGAGAUGUCGCGAGGGCUAUGGGCAAUAAUGUGUCUGAGGGGGCGAUCGUGCAGCAUCUAGCUAAGCUCCGCAGCCGUCGUGUUGCCAGUAACAAGCAAGUCCCUCCUCCCCUUCGUCGUGGAGGGAGUGGAAGUGCAGCCAAGGCAUCCAGUACAUCCACUUCGCCCACGAAGGGAUCUGCUGAAGCAUCGUCUCCCAAAGAACAGACCAAGACCAAAGCCAGGAAGGCAGCUGAUUCUUCCGAUGAAGAAGAUAUCCCCGUGGUGGAUGAGACCUCUGACGAGAGCGAAGAGUACGGGAGUCGGCGCCGAUCCAAGAAAUCCGGCAAGAAAAAGUCGCGCAAGAGGCGCAAGCUUGAUGUUGACACUGAGCCGGACUCAGACCAUGCUGAAGACGGCGAUGAUGAGCUACUGGCUGUGGGAGCCCAAUUUCUCAACUUCCCCGGCGACAAGCACUCCUCCCGCAGUGCCAGUCCGUCCGAAGACGAUGUUGCUCGGGAGAAGCCGUCCAAAAUUGUCAUCCUUCGUUACGGGCGUCAUAACGCCACAUUGGUUCCAGAUGAUGGGUCGUUCUCCAUUGAUAACGAGAAAUCCGGGGAUCCCAAAAACGCUGUGAACGAAGACGCGUCUCAGAAUGCUGGAUACGCCAACGGAAGCGGUCCCAGCAAGGAUCAGGCUGCUGAAGACUUCAACGUAGCGGGCCUGAGUAUGGACGAGGCCGCUGGAUACUUCAGUGGAAACGGUAUGGGCUACCAGACUACCGCCGAGGGCUCAAUUCCUCCUCCGUCGGGGGCUGAUGCGUGGGAAGAAAGUAUAUACGAUGAGGAGGGAUACGUUAAACCCGUCCCAAAAGUCCGGGACCCAAACAAUCCGCUGCAACCCUACCUUACAGCUGGUAAAUGGCCCCGUGAUGUUAUCCUGAGGCAGUAUGACCGUGACGAUCCUCGUAUCCCCGGCGUGCCCCCGGUUCCGAAAACUGUGAUCCCUGCUGCCUGGCUGCGAGAGGAAAACUGUGAACCUGCACUGCUGUUCAAUCGGGUCCUGGACAAUGCGCGUGAAGAGACAUAUCCGGAAAGCAGAGAACAUGAGAGGAAGCGCCCAGAGUACAAGGAGUACAUGGCGGCACAUAGGGAACUUCCCUACUUUUUUGAGCCGCACUGGAAUCUUCCACCCACCCUGCAUAUCACAGACCCGAAUGACGACUACAAGAUCCAUACUUUUUUGACCGACAAGGCGGCUGAUCCUGAGCCGCUCCGUGAGCAGCACAGCAAUUUCAACGCUCUGGACCUCCGAGUCAUGCAACUGGACCGAGAGAUCGAAAAGGGCAAUAUGCUGGACAUGAACCGCCUUAUUCGUAUCAGAGAAGAUCUUGACCAGCACGCCAAGUUACCACCGGGUAAGUGCUACAAUCUGAUGGAGGAAUUGACGGAGGAAGACGUGGUGCAUCCCUAUGGGGAUUGGCGAGCUUUCACGUCCAGGACUUCCGCCCUGUCCCGGGCUCCUUUCUCCAAGCUCAGAACUUCCGGCGUCAGCCUGCAACAACAGCGAUUUGCUCACAAGGAGCUCAAAUUCGGUGUCGAGGGACGUGCUCAGCUCCUGAAGGGUGUCGACACCCUUGCUCGGGCUGUUUCUUCGACUCUUGGUCCCAAGGGUCGCAAUGUCUUGAUUGAGCAAAGCUACGGCUCGCCGAAGAUCACCAAGGAUGGUGUGACUGUGGCCAAGGCCAUUUCCCUCCAGGACAAGUUCGAGAACCUGGGAGCUCGUCUGCUGCAGGACGUUGCUUCCAAGACCAAUGAGAUUGCUGGUGACGGAACGACCACUGCCACCGUCCUCGCUCGUGCCAUCUUCUCCGAGACCGUCAAGAAUGUCGCUGCGGGCUGCAACCCGAUGGACCUGCGUCGCGGCACCCAGGCUGCGGUUGACGCCGUUGUUGAGUACCUGAAGGCCAACAAGCGUGACAUUACCACCACCGAGGAGAUUGCCCAGGUGGCCACCAUUUCCGCCAACGGUGACACGCACAUUGGCAAGCUCAUCUCCAGCGCCAUGGAGAAGGUCGGCAAGGAGGGUGUCAUUACCGUCAAGGAGGGCAAGACGAUCGAGGAUGAGCUGGAGGUUACGGAGGGUAUGCGCUUUGACCGGGGUUACACGUCCGCCUACUUCAUCACGGACCCCAAGUCCCAGAAGGUUGAGUUCGAGAAGCCCCUGAUCCUGCUCUCCGAGAAGAAGAUCUCGGCUGUGCAGGAUAUCAUCCCGGCUCUGGAGGCCUCCACGCAGCUCCGCCGUCCUCUGGUCAUCAUUGCGGAGGACAUUGAGGGUUCAGGUCGCGGCGGUCAAGGCCCCGGCUUCGGUGACAACCGCAAGAACAUCCUGGGUGACCUUGGUGUCCUGACCAACGCCACCGUCUUCACGGAUGAGCUUGACCUCAAGCUGGACAAGCUCACCCCUGACCAGCUGGGUUCCACUGGCUCCAUUACCAUCACCAAGGAGGACACGAUCAUCCUCAACGGUGAGGGCAGCAAGGACGCCAUCGCCCAGCGCUGCGAGCAGAUCCGCGGCGUUAUGAAUGAUCCUUCUACCUCCGACUACGAGCGGGAGAAGCUCCAGGAGCGUCUGGCCAAGCUCUCCGGUGGUGUUGCCGUCAUCAAAGUUGGUGGCGCUUCCGAGGUCGAGGUUGGUGAGAAGAAGGACCGUGUCGUGGAUGCGCUGAACGCUACUCGUGCCGCUGUUGAGGAUGGUAUCCUGCCUGGUGGUGGUACUGCCCUGCUCAAGGCUGCUGCCAACGGCCUUAACGACGUGAAGGGCGCCAACUUCGACCAGCAGCUGGGUAUUAACAUCAUCAAGAACGCCAUCACCCGUCCGGCUCGCACCAUUGUUGAGAACGCUGGUCUGGAGGGCAGCGUCAUUGUUGGCAAGCUCAUUGACGAGUAUGCCAACGACUUCAACAAGGGCUUCGACAGCUCCAAGGGCGAGUUUGUCGACAUGAUCUCUGCGGGUAUCCUUGACCCGCUCAAGGUUGUGCGCACCGCCCUGGUGGACGCCAGCGGAGUUGCUUCGCUGCUGGGAACGACCGAGGUCGCCAUUGUUGAGGCUCCUGAGGAGAAGGGCCCGGCCGCCCAGGGUGGCGGUAUGGGCGGCAUGGGCGGCAUGGGCGGUGGCAUGUUCUAA